AUGCUGCCAAGGCUGCGCUCCCGCGCUUCGCUUCGCGUCACGACUGCGUUCCAUUCCGCUCGAGCUGAGCAUGAUCAAGUGCUGCAACGACUGGAGACAGUAGUGAAGACGGAUCCGGAGGCGUUGCGGCGGCUAAGCGCUUUGCUCUCGCCGUCCACGACGCGGGACUUGACCAGAGCGCUGCAUGCAGUACAACAGUCGACUACGAAAGCGGCAGCUGCUGCUGAGCCUGCAGCUAGCGAGUCUCGUGUACGCCAGUUAACGACGCAGGAGCUCCAGAUGGUGGCGUUGCAAGUGGGACUGCCGUUCAUUGGCUUUGGCUUUGUCGAUAACUUCAUCAUGAUCCUCGCUGGUGACUACAUUGACCUUACGCUGGGCGUGUCGCUCAGCAUCUCGUCCAUGGCAGCGGCAGGCAUUGGCAACACCAUCUCGGACAUUGCUGGCUUGGGUCUUGGCAACGUCGUUGAAGACCUUUGUGCACGUCUAGGGCUUCCAGUUCCAGUGCUGACGACGGAACAGAUGAUGCUAAAGCGAACGCGGAUGGCCAAGGUCGUGGGUAGCUCUGUGGGCGUGACAAUUGGCUGUCUUCUAGGCAUGGUACCGCUUCUGUUCCUUCAUACGAGAGAUAAAGAUGACAGUCGCGAUCCAGUGAAGGUCGCGCUGCAGUGGUUCGAGAGCUCCUCACAGUGUCCGAGGAAAAUCCCUCCCGCCGAGUGGACGGUGCUAGCUGCCAUUGUAUUGCACACACGUGCUCCCCCCUCGCAGGUUUCGGCAAACACAGCGUCUGGUGACAGUUUACGAGUGUUAACGGCGGCUACAGGUAAUAAAUGUCUUGGAAGCCGGGACCUGAACGCCGACGGCUUCGUGGUCAAUGACUGCCAUGCCGAAGUGCUAGCAAGACGCGCGUUCCUCCGCUAUUUGUACAUGGAAGCGCUUGCGUGGCAGGAAAAUGGGCUGGAAGCUAACGAACAGUCGAUCUUUGAGCGCAGCCCGACGUCGGGUCGACUGGUGCUCCGACCACGGCAUACGCUGCACCUUUUUAUUAGUGAAGCACCUUGUGGAGACGCAGCUAUUUACGAAUUGCGUGAGGACGUUGUCGAUCAGCUGGUGCAACAACGAGCAGCAAGGAGCGGCUGCACGAUUGGCGCAGUUCAAAACCAGUCCGAGUUACGCAGUGACUUGCGACUCACAGGAGCCAAGAGACUCCGGUGCGGCGAGAGCCACGACAGUCCAGUACCCGACAAACGGUUUGCUCAGGCAGUCAGCGUUGCACGGGUGAAGUCGGGUCGAUCAGAUUUACCUCCAGACAAGCAGACGCUGUCUAUGAGCUGCUCUGACAAAUUAGCCAAGUGGAACGCGCUAGGCCUGCAAGGUUCUCUUUUGCUGCAGUGGUUCGAGCCGAUCUUCUUGAGUUCUAUCGUCGUGAGCAAAGAUAACAGAGCGAAGUCAGUGGCAGUACAAGACCAGGCGCUGAAACGAGCUGUGUGCUUACGACUGGAACAACGCGGUGCGACGAUGGAGGGAGUACGUCUGUCUGUUUGUGAAGCGCGUGUUAUCUCGGUCGCUCCCCAGUUCAGUCGUUGUCGAACACCGAAUCGCGCACCAUCAAGCGUAGCGCUGAAUUGGACCGUCGAGGAAUCCUGUUGGGCACGAGGCGAUAAGCACAAGCUGGCACUCAAAUCAAUGGGUAAAUUGGAUGGUGCAGCGAAGGUCUUCAACAGCUUCGGGCUCGAGGUUCUUAUGGCUGCCACUGGGUUCAAGCAGGGGGCUCAGAAGGCAUCAAAGAUGGAUCAAGUUGCAAUGGAGAAGGUGGCUUCACGUCUGUCAAAGAGGAACUUGCUUCGUGCAUUCCAUCUCGUCCUAAGCAAGAGUUCACCUUUGGACGCCGUUCGUGAUCUCGGGUAUCUCCAGCUGAAGCACGCGGUUCCUUUUGACGCUGCUGCACCCUCUGCAUGUUCGGCACCGACAGCUUCUGUCCCCUCCAACGACCGGAGGCAGCGAUUUUUUGCAGCGUUUAGUGAUUGGGUCGGGGUCCCUGCUCGGUUCAAGCAGUUCAAACUAUGA